AGGCGGAGGGAUAGAAAGAAACGAUAAGUAGUACGGUAUAAGGCAAGGGAAAUAGAACACAACUAAACAAAUGCAAAACCAAAACUAAAGGCAAUGCUUAGGAGGAAGAGAAGAAAUAAAGGAAACUACUACUACCACUGUUAAAACAAAAAUAACAGCUAAACCAAAGGGAACGAAACCAAAAAGUAAAUAAAUAAUCAAUAACUAAAGAAGACAAGAAGCAGACAAAGAAAAAAAAACAAAAAUCGUAAGAAAAUCAUUCGCAGUUAUACCACAUAAAACACGUACAUAACAAGCAGCAUACCUUAGCAAAGUAAAGCGUCGCAAAACAAACAAACAAACAAACAAAAAAAAACGGGCAAAGCAAAACUUUCAGGCGUGUAGACUAAUAAAACGUGAAAAAAUGGUGAAAAAAAAACAAACAAAGAAAAUAAGCUAAGCUCUCUAUGGCACUCGUGCGAAAUUUAGGAAGAAGAAGAAAAAACAUAAUUACCGGAGCAGGAGCGGCAGCAGGAGCUGGAACAUGAGACGCUGGACGAAACACACAAUGGAGGAAAAACAAACAAACAGGGCCAAAAAGGCAUUGUAGUAGGGUAUAGUAAUACUGGGUACCGUAUCCCCUUUUCCUUCGGAUAUUUCCUUUUACGUUUUUGUUUUCCUUUUCGCAACACGACACGUUUCGCUAGUGAGGGACUAAGUAGCAGAAUGGCGACGGUGGGACAGAGCGCCAUCUGGUGGCGUAUACUACACAUACAUGACUAAAAACAUAUACACAAACCCGCAGCACUCUCAUACAAUAAGUGUCGAUUGUUUGGAUAGGCAAGUCGAACCCGAUCUUAAUGUACCACUAGAGGGCGCUUCAAUUAUAUCAAAAUAAGUGUAGCGUGUAGUGCAGUCCCAAAACACCUGUGUUAGUGGCAUCAUGUUACAACUGGUUGCAUUAGUAUUCAGUAAGAAAGACACAUCUUCUGAUCCCCUACUUUUUUCCACUUAACUGUUCUUAUAGCCUUCUGUAUCUCCUACCACCUAACUUUAUUUCCAUCCUACCCCUUUCCCUUACCCAGUCAUAACAGUCGGUAAAGCUUUCCUUUUUUGUGUGUGUGUUUUUCUUUCUUUCUUUCAUAGCAAAAAGACAGCAGUGCAAUAGAAACGAAAUCGAUACACAACACAACAUACAAACAUACACACACACAUCCAUACUCACGGACAGUUAAUCGAAACGUCAAUGUUACUAGGGCUAGGCCCGGCUCCGCCGCGUACCCCAACGGUCCUGCCCGCGUUUGUAGAUAUUACUUUCGGUUUUUCCGUAAAAUCUAAUUCAAUUCUUAUCUACUAUGUGCUCCUUCCACCUCGCGACCCGCGUGUACUGUUUACGGGAAGGUGCGAUCGACAACACAAACAAACAAACAGACAACGAAACAAACAAAUAAACAGACAACACAAACAGACAAACAAACAAACAACCAAACAAAUAAACAGACAAACAAACAAACAAACAAACAAACAAACAAACAAACAAACAAACAAACAAACAAACAAACAAACAAACAAACAAACAAACAAACAAACAAACAAACAAACAAACAAACAAACAAACAAACAAACAAACAAACAAACAAACAAACAAACAAACAAACAAACAUGCAAACAAAAAACGUUUUGCUUGAGUACAUAAAGAAAAACAAAAACAAACAAACAAACUAAAAUCCUACCUACGUUUUAGCCUUGUAGGCAGAUUAGGUGACAGAUAGGGCAGUGAAACUUAGGGUUAUGAAAGCUCGUUAGCCAAGCAAAACGGGGGUAGGGGUGAAUAGGAAGGGUAAAACUAAGAAAUAAGAGCGAGCGUGAAAAAGAUAUAGAGAGAGACGGAGAGAUAGAGAGAUAGACGGAGAGAGAGAAAGAUAGCGAGAGAAGGAGGAAGGAGAGAGAUAGAGAGAGGGAUAGUUGUAUAGGAGUAAAGCGUGUCAGAAGAAUUAAAAAAACAACCAAGUAGGAAUGUGUUCUAUUCAACAAGUGGAGACAAGGAAAGGUGCGGAUAUUAUCACAACCUUCUCCCUUUUCUUUUCUCUUUCUCUCUCUCUCUGACUCUCUUUUUUUGUUUCUUUUUCUCUCUGUCUCUUACUAGCCAGAAAUAUAAAAACUGACAAAAUUCUAAAAAAAACGUCCUAAAGCUUAAUGCGCGGCGAGAUCGCAUAUGUUUUUUGGGGGAGGGAGGGAGAGGUAGUAGAUGCAAUAGUUUGCCAUGUUUAUUAUUCACUACUUAAACGAUAUCGAACCGACUACGUUCGAUUAGCCGGUAAACGCGACUAAGGUAGCAAGCGCACCACACACACAUACAUACACACACACACUCUAUCCUACAUCCGCUCCCCUUCCCCCUUCUCCUCGGAAAUGCAAUGAGAUAUUAUAGUAAACGAGUAACUUCAAUAGAAUUCUUAAUCAGAUUAAUUUAUUAUUCAUAUAUUUUUUCUAUAAAAUAAUGGAAGCGGUUCACGUAUUGCUCUUUAUAGAUUCUAAUCCAGCAAAACGCAAAAAUGAAGCGGUAGAGAAAUAAUAAUAAUAAUAAAAAAACAAAUCGAAAUCGGAAUAAGAAGCACAUAGUGACACAAAUUAUAAUAAACGUGCAAUGGAGAAGUGCUAGCGAAGCAGAACAUAUUACAUGAAGGCACCGAAGUCGUUUAUGGUUACAGCUAAACAAAACACUUGAAAAAAACACACACAGCAAACACUCAACAUAGACAACUCAGCACGACAAGAUGUGACUCGAACUGUCGCGCAUAGCGAUUUAUCCGACGUUUACAAAAUGAAUACAACCCGCGAUACUUCAACUGUAAUUGAAAUUCUUUAAGGAAAAACAAAUAGCGACAAAUAGCCCUAAAACAUGAAUGACUUUUACGUAUACAAACAGACACACACGUACACACACACACUUACCCAGGAAAAUAAAAAAACGAAAAUCAAGCAAGAAGAUUAAGACAAGGAAGUAAUAAGCUGAAGAAUUUAUGCAAACAAAAAAAUCAACAAGGCGUGUGUAAGCUUAAACUGUAUAAUCUAAGUAAAAACGCAAAUUCUGUAAACUGAAGAAAAAUGAAUGAAAAUUCCAAAAAACAAAUGAAAAACCAAAAUGUGCAAGGUGAACAAAAACAAACCAAACCAAAAACCAAUAAUGAUAACAAAACAAAGAAGAAAAAAACACGUACGGAAAAGAAACGAGAAAAAAACACACACAUGUUAAAGAAAAAGUGCUGCCAUCCCAAUUGUUGCGUCCUUUUUAGUACACUACGAAUUACUCUCACUGGCCUCCAUCGAAUAUUCACCGUACGGAAGGGGGGAGAGGGGAAACUAAGAGCGAGAAGAGAGACGGGAUACGGAAAGAGAAAACAAAUAGUAAACUAAUCGACAACAACAGCAACAGCAAUGUACAUGCAAGUAAACACGUAGAAACGUCAAAAACGUCAAAACGUCAUACUUUUUAAGUAGAACUUAAAACAACAGCAAAAAGACACAUCGAAACCGGCAAAACUUAUCUCUCUCCGCUCCGCUAUCCUCCCUUCGUAUACCCUUUAUUUUGGUAUCUCUUCAGCUCUCUCUCUCUCUCCGUCUCUUCCUCUCCCACUCUCUCUCUCUCUAUCUCUCUCACGCACACUCACACAUGCCGAUAUACACCUUUUCUCUUUUUCUUGCUCACUACUCUCUAUAGCUCUCUCUCUCUCUCUCUCUUUCAUUGAAUUGUUUUCAUCUUAACUCUAACUCGUUUCUCUCUUUUACACGAACGCAAGUCACACAUACAUACACAAUUUUUCUUUAUUUUUAACUGAGGUUUUUUUUAAACAUUUUGUUACAAAUUCGGUGUUAAAUUCUCUAUUUCGCAAGUUUCGUUCUUUUGGUUUAGUUUUUUCCCCAAAACAGUUGAGGAAUUCACAAUUGUUAUCGGCGUCUGUUUUCCUUCUCCGUUUCCUACUCUAUCUGUUUACUAUCUUUACGUUCUUUCGAUCUGUUCGUCUUUUUAUUAGUUUAUUUCUAAGUUUCAUUGUUAUUAUCGAGUAUAUAAUAUCACAUUGCUAGUUAUAGUGCAGCUUUUACUAUUAUUUGUCAUUUGCAACGAUUAUUUUCUUUUGGUAUUAUUCAUAACAUUUUUAUUACAUCAAUCACUGAUGACUUUUAUUGAUAUUAUGCGUUAGCAAAUCGGUGUAAAAUGUUUAGUAAAAACAACAACAAAAUCAUCUUCAUUUGCUCGUACUGAACAUCUAGUGUACGCACAUGACACACCGCUGACUGAAUGCAACGCGAUGGUCAAAUCAACCAUUGAACAGAGCGGAUCGUAGCGCAAUGUCCCCGUUCGGUAUGGUUUCCUGCUGCUUACGAUUUCCUGUAUUCUGCUUCAUCACAUCGAAACGCUCAACCAACCUAAUGUCAAUUAACACCACAAACACGAUGCUUUCGAUGCAAAUUGUGUGCUGGUUUUUGGUUCAACUUUCGCCGCGAAUGCUGAAAGUAUCACCUACCCUUAAAAAAAACCGAAUUUCGCCCUUUUUAUAUGUUCAUGUAUUGAUUGUUAUUUCUAUCACAACUAUCUUGGACACAGAGCAUACCAAACAGUUUGUUUGUUUUCCAUUUAUGCCAAAACAAAGUCGAAAAACAUACUGGUUUGUGAAUGAUAAUCUACUACAAAGCAUUCCGGGUAAUGCUAACAGACCCACGAUGAUCGAGCCGAUGCUAUCUGUGCCCUACACACCAACUAUUGACCUCACUCGAACGUUACAAACCAUGGACAGGAAACAAAUUCACCACAAUCUGAAACAGACCCCCGCAUGUAAAAGAGAGAAAGAAGACAACAUGAAUGCAGAAAAUUGAUUCCCACAAAUAUGUGUAAAAACGUAAAGAGAGACAAAUGAAACAUCCAGCGUGAUAGUGAGAAAGAGAAAUUUGAGAAGGUCACAAAUCCGUACAGAGGAAACGAAAACAAACACGCGAACAAAUGUAUCCACUAAAACAGAACAAAUAGUAAACGAAUAACAGGAAUAAGUAGCAGUUAAAACAAAGCAACAGAGUAAGAAAAUAUGUGCAAGGAAACAAGAACACCAACAACAACAAAAAAAAACAUAAGAAGUGUGUAAGCUUAUAAAACUAAAAAAAAAUGUCGUUUUAAUUGGAGCGGAAACGGAAACUAUAACAAUACAAAAAAAAACAACAAAAAUUUGUGGACAUUUGCCAAACAACAUAAUACAAAGCACGAGAGUUUAGAGGCAAACGCAACUAAAAGCGGAACAACCGAAUGAGAAGAUAGAAAGAACGUGAAAGGAAACCCGAUAGCAAACCAGCAAAAGCGAGAAUGAGAGAGAAAAGAGAGAGAGAGAGAGAGAGAGAGAGGGAGAGAGAGUGAAAAAAGAAAGAAAGAGAGAGUUCAAAAGAGAGUAAUAGAGUGCGAGUGAGAUAGUGAAAAAUAACCAAAGAAAAAUUGUAAACUUAACGAUAUUCAUUACUCAUUUCAAUAAGAACGAGAGCUCUCCAGUUUUGCCGUUUAAAACAAAAAAAAAGGUCUUUUGCAAAAGCACUGGAAGUAAUUAAAGAAGCAAAAAUGCGUAAAUAUAUAAAUAUCGGCAGUUAGCACAUGCCCGGCAAAAGGGAUAAAAGAAUGUUACUAACAUUUUGAAAUCUUAGCCUAUGAACCCAAAAUUGUUUUCGCAAACUAAAACGCUACUAGGCUAGGCUUUUGUGCAACCAAGCAAUAGGAAGGGCUGCAUACGUUGAGAAGUAGACGCAUCCCGAAGGCAGAUGAAACGAGAGCUAAUCCUACACACACACAUACACACACACACGCUCACACAUGUACACACAGAAACAUGAACACGCGAUAGCUACAAGCAGCUAAGACAAAACGCCCUUUGCAGCAUAACUCAACCCCCCUGAACGAGCACGUUAACGAGUUUACCCCCCCCCCCCCCCACACCCCCCCCGGGCGCAAGCAAGCAGUAAUGAAAGAAUUCGAAUUCUUUGUGCAGGUAGCGUGUAUGUAUGUCGUGCGGGGGUUUGGUGACAAACAGUUCGACUUGCGACGUACGGUGUAGAAACGUAAGAUUUACCUUUUUAGAUAGUCCUUUAACAAAACAAAAAGAAAUAUUGAAAAAAAGAUAUGCAAGCUAAAGAAUUACAAAACCAAAAUCCACCACCUUAUCGCGUUCGACCAAAAAACACCGUUUCUGUUCAAGCACGCGGUUCGGUUCGAGAAAACGAGAGCAAACGUGCGAGAAAACGACAAACAAGGCUUAUCCUAUUUCACACAAGGGAAUUUUUUAUUUUCAGGGGUUGAAGCUAAAAUCCCGCGUGUGUGGAUGUGGUCUGGUGGUGUGUGGUUUUUUUUUUUGUUAAAUUUUAUUUUAUAAUUAUAUUUUUUCGCUCGUUAAAGAUGUCCUGAUUCGCACUAGGUAAUAGCGAGCAGCACGUGGAAAGUGUAUAGCAGUAAAAGAAAAAGAAAAAAAAAACAAAAUAACAAGACAACCCCUUCCCUCCCCUCUCUCUGACGAUUCGAGACAGAGGAGUGUAGAAAAUAUGUCCAAAAACCAAAGCAAGAAGAGCAAACGCAUAGAAAGGUAAAAACUUAUAGUGAAAACAAAUGAGACAAAAAAAAUCAAACUAAACCAAACUAACAAUUAAAAAACAAAACAAACAACAACAACCUUCUAGCUUGUAAGUUUAUCGCCCCAUCAGCUUCUGUUAGUUAGCCCUACGUGUAGAAUGAGAUGAUAAAUGAUGAAGAAUUAAGUAAAACAGAACGAUGCGAAGCGUAUGAAAGAGUAAAAAUUCUCUAGCACGUACAGACACACACUCCCACACACACACAUACACAUGGACACAUAAACAGCACUGACGAAUGACUUACCCAACAUCAUCAGCCAAUAUAGGUGUAAUGAUACACAGAACCCAUUACCGAAAAAAAAAAACAUUUUUCCUGCUUCCUUAAACGUUUCUUAGAGUGAAUGAGAGGCUUGUAGAAACAGCGACUAUAAAAAAAGGUCAAACUAUCCAGUAAAACAACUCUUAAGAAAAACGUAAUGAAGUAAUGUUUAUGUAGUGCACACGAUUCUCAAAAGAAAAAGAAAAGAAAAGAUAAAACAAUGAAAACCAACACAACAUGACACAACACGCUGAGACACAUGAUAUACAAACAGGAAAAGAAAACAAGAACAGUUCGAAUGCACACAUCUGAAUACCCUGUGGAAAUCACUGUGGGAUACGCCGAUAAAGAGAAAAGCAAGACACUGAAAGAAAGAGAAAGAAAGAGAGAGAAAGAAAGAGAGAUAGAGAGAGAGAGAGAGAGCUGGAUCGAAAAAAAGGAAUGAAAAACGAGGGAGGGAUCAGAUGCGGAAACUACAGUAGAGAAAACAAGCAAACAGCCAAGCAAACGCAGCUAGCAGCCAAGAGCCAAGCGCCCAUUAGCUAAAAAUCGAUGAAAAGAAAACAAAAAAUAUAGAAACAAAAAAAGAAGAAAAAAAAGAACAUAGCACGUAAGCAAAUCCAGUGGCAUAAAGGCAUAUUUAGUAGUCGGAGGGAUGGAAAAUGAAGCCGAAUAAAGGAAAGAAAAAAAACAGAAUAAGCUUGGUACCAAAUGAAAUAAUACUAGAGCACGCAACAUAGAGUGAAACAGAGGAAACAAAUCCAAACGGAAUAGAAAAGACAAAAAAAAGGAACAAGAAUAAGAGCAGCGAAGUUGCGUCUAUACAUAUAUACAUAUAAUAUAAGGGACGGAAUGGGAUAUCGAAACAGUAUCGAAACGUGGUGUUUGGAUGCAAAAAGGUGCAGCAUAGUAAAACUAAAACAACAACAGCAAACAUCAACAACAACAAGCAAAAAAAAAACAUUAACAAAACGAAAAGAAAAAAAAACAUUUUUCCCAAAUCUGCAAUUAUUAUCUUUAAAAAAACAAAUCGCGUAACGAUACAACCGCCCCUCCUAAGAAGGAAAUCAAACAUACGCAAAAAACCCUAGGAGCCAGACGAUAAAAAUACAGAAUACACAAAGAAAGGAGUUCAAACGCAAAACGAAAAGAGUGAAAGUAACAGAAAGACACAGAAGUUCGCAAGCGAAGAUGAAGAAAAAGAGAGAAAUAGAAAGAGAGAGAGAAAGAAAGAGAGAGUGAGAUACAUGAAGUGAAGCCAGAUUAUGCAGUGCAGUAUGAUGCAAAACAAGAAAGUUAAAAAAAGUAACAUAGAAUUAAGCGAAACAAACCAUUUCCCGAAUUUCUUCCUCUUUUGGAUAGUGUAAUGAACGAUUAUGAUUAUCCAGUGCAAUGGAAGCAAGCGAUAGGGCAAGGCUGUAGUUAAAUAAAAGCAGAACAAAAGUGAAGCAGAACUACAAAACACAGAAACGCAGAAGAAAUAAUAAUAAAAAAUAAUAAUAUUAAUAAUAAUAAUAAAUAGUACUAAUAAUACAUUGAAAACAUGAGGUAAGGUGAAGCAUACGAGAAACAUAGAGAGCGAAAGAGAAAGAAAGAAAACAUGAAGGCAGAUGGAGAAAGAAAGAGGAAACAUACACACAAGCAGUGAACCAAAAUUCUUAUGAUUAAAACAAAAAAAAAGUAAGCUUAACUAAAACCCAUUUUAAAUAAGCAGAUAUCCCUUUAAAGAAACACGAAAACAAAAGCAAAGUAAAAAAGAAUAAGACAGGCUCGUAAAAUAAAACUAGUAUUUAGACAAGCUCACACAAAGAUACGAAUGACAAAGCAUACUACAUCACAAUCUCACACACAACACACACAUAAACUCACAAACACACACACACAUACUCGUAUAUAUAUACGCGGAAAUAGAAACUGUUGCUCCCAUAGCAGAAGCAGAAUCGAUAAAGCACCAGAAUGAGUUACUAUUGGUAGAAGCAAGAAACGGUAGAGCUUAUGUAUAAGCUGGAGAGUGAGAACGAGAGAAGAUUCACUAGGAACGUAAAUGAAUACCGAACAACCAAAGAAGCCAACCAAAGAGAUGCCACGGAUUGCCACUUCCACUGUCCAACUAAAAUAAGCAACAGAGAGCAAAACCAAAACAAAAGAAGAGACAUACUCUCUGCCUUUCGAGGAAAAAAAGAAAGAAUAUUUCUAUAGAGAUAAAGAGAGAGCAAGAGAGAGCAAGAGAGAAAGAGAGAGAUAGAGAGAGAAACAGUCGCUACAUGCUUGAAGCAAUAAGUAGUUAAACGGUUGACAUUCUAAAUAUGAGACACAACCUGUUAAACUUCCCGCCAAAUAUUAAUCGAACGCUAUUGAAUGUGUAAUGUAUUCGUACACUUUUUACUUGUAACAUGUAAAACACGCUUCUUACUUAUACCAUUUAAAGGUAGUAUGUUUUUUCCCGUAUUACUUUUAAAGUCCUGAAAACAAACACAAUACUUAAGAUUUUUUUUAUAACCAACGUUUAUCGAAACUAUUCUCUUCUUCCUCAUACUCUUGCUCUCACUUUUAGUUUUACUUCACUUUCUAUUGAAGAACAAAAAACACACACGCGAUUGUAAGAAGUCAGAAAACGCAAAACAUCAAAGUGAAAGUACGUAAAAACUAGAGAAAAAGAAAACGAAAACAACAAAACGUGUUAAGAAACAGGAAAAAGGAGAAAAACAAAUAACACUUAUCGAUUGCGUGUAGUGAAAGUGUAGAAGAAAACGCGAAAGACAAAAACCUCACAUUGUGAUAAAACCAAGAACCCAACACUACACGCAUAAUCCUGUUGAUCCCGAUGGCAUAAACACGCACGUACAAAAACACACACACAGAUACAUAUUAGGGGGAGAAAAAAGAAACAAAAUGGCGUAAGCAAUUACGGUUGAACUGCUCGAAUCUGCUAUUGGUCGAUCAGUCGGAUCGCUUUUUUUUGCAAUAGAAAGCAUGCUUCAGCUUUCCGUGUCAACCAUUCUCUCUCUCUUUUCCCUUACUUUCUCGCUCCCUCUCUCUCUCUCUUCCUCUUCCUCUCUCUCUCUCUCUCUCUCUCUCGUUCUCUUUUCUCGUCAGAAAUAAUGGCUGUAAAAAUAAUAUAAAUAAAUCAAACACGGUGAGAUAUAUCGUAAUCCUGCAUUAAACAAAUCGCGCUGUUCGAAAACAAAAAAACACUGCUUGGGAGUAAUUAAAAUAUAGUAAAAAACCAAAAAAAAAACAAACAAAAAAGGCAAAAUACAAUUACGUUUGUCCAACGUUUCUAGCCAAGCGCGAUUUGCAGUAAAGUGUCAUCCCUAACCCGGUGAGCACGGGUAUCGUUCAAUCCCGUGCCCGUACUCCAUUCUCCUUGUUCCUUACUCUCCCUUCCAUCUUUAUCGAGCCCUUAAUAGAUAUCUUCUGAAAAUAAUCGCAUUAUCGCUCGUUAGAUUUUUCGUUCCUUUAAUGUAAUCUUUACGCAUAUUUAAUUAUACCUAUCGAGGCGAUGAAAACUACAACACACUUACACACAGACAAAAGAAAAAAAAACCAGGAAGAAAAUGAAAAUAAUAUUUGAAAAAAAAAAGAAAAGGCUUUACUUAAUAAAAUUAAACUUCAUAUGUUGAAAAAGUAAGCCACCUGUUGUCUCUUCUGUUGUUUCUUUUCCUUUCAUUUUAAUAUGCUUUCCACUGUGCUUCACAAACAGUCUGCAAUAGCUUUCAGUCAAUCUUUCUCUCUCGUACAGCACUAUGCACUAUGGAAAGAAAGUAAAUACUCUUCUAGGAAAAGGAUAAUGUGAACGUCUCCCCAUUUUCGAGUCCGGGUUUUUUUCCCCCCGUAUCUCUUAACCCGUACUCAUUCCAACCUUACAUCACGCCCUUCUUUAUGCCCUCUUUCCGUCCGAUAAAUCCGGGUUGUGUCCUUCGGUAGCGCCAGUUACGAUCGUUAGACAGUAGUAAAUCGUACGACAUUAGUGAUUCCGUUUUAAGGUGAGUGAUGACAGGUGGGCACCGUUCCAAAAACAUUUUCAUAUCUUUGAUUUUCUGUUUUGCUAUUUGCGCAUCCAGAUACGAGAUGAGCUUUGAAUAGUAAAGGAUAUUAAAAAGAAAAUAUAGAUACAUACAUAUAGACACAUAUAUAUAUAUAAAUACAUAUAUGUAUAUACUAUAUAUACUAUAUAUGUAUAUAUGUAUAUAUACAUAUAAAACAACUUUAGCAACGCAGAGCUGUUUUGCAGCAGUGGAUGAUUGAUGACGAGUGUUCAACGCUCUAGUAUCACGCUUAGUGCAAGAUUUUGAAUCGCUUUUUUUGAUAACGUAUACUAAGCGAUAGAGAUAGGGUGGCAGAGUUAGAUAACUUUCACAUGAGAGAAGCAUAGAGAGGGCCAGAUAGAGAGAGAGAGAGAAAGGUAACGAAACAAGGGAAAAGAAAAGAACAACAAAGGCAGAAAACAAAAGAGAAAUAAAGAGAGAGAGAGAGAUAAAACAAGAAAGUUAACUUGCUUACUGCUACUAGUGAAGAUCAGAGGUUCUGUUUCUGCCGAAAUUGGGAAUAAAAUGGAAAAGAGUAAAAGGAAACCAGCGUAAAAGUGAUAUUUACGAACAACAACUCGCAAAACAAUAACUGACACAAAAACAUACACACUUACACCGAAAAAAAAACUGAACAACAACCAAACAGCAACACAAACACAAUAACGUGCAAAUUCUAAAACAUGUUAAUGACACCGAACUAAAACAACGGAAAAAGAAAUAUGAAGAAGCAAAAAAAAAAGAAGAUAACACACGAAAAUCAGUUUGCGUAUUAAGGGCUAUUAGAUCGAAACAACCAACAAAAAAACAAAUCCCAUUAGGUUAGGGCUAAAGCGGGAGAAAGAACAAAAAAAAGGAAGGGCACAAGGACCCGCUCUUUCUCCCAUUAAACCUCUCCCCUUCUUCUUCCCCAAACACUAUCCCCGCAACACAUACCAAAGCAUUAACAGAGACAUUUUUGACGGUAGGCGAUGCAUGGAAGGAGAGUAAAGAAGCCAAUAUUAUUAGCGAGGAAAACAAACAAAAGCGUAAACUUAACGAAAAGCUAAAAAAAAUAUUACAAAGAGAAAAACAAAAGGGCAAAACAAACAACAGCUUUUUAAGAACUUCAUUAGCUUAAUUCAGAAACGAAAAAAAAAGAAAGCAGACAAAAAAACAAAACAUCAUAGAAACAAUAAGAAGCAACAACAAAAAAAAAAACAAAUACACACAAACCAAAGUGAUGCGAUGCAGCAAAAAAAAAUAUUUAAAAAUAAUUAAAUAAAAGCAUCGAGCCGCGUUUGAACGUAUUUGUGCAUGAUGUAUGUGUGUGUAGGUGUGUGUAUGUGUGUGUGUGUAAAAUGGUGCAGCCGAUAGUGUGACAAUUAGAUGGCAUUUUACAUGUAACCCGUUCGUCGUUCCCUUUUCCGGUAUGGACACAUUCUACAUACACUUCGCACUUCGCGUAUAAACAUAUGCUCGUGCAUUAGCACAUGCACACACACACACAUACACACGCGCAUACACAUCUACACAUUUUCUCAAAAAAAAACUAGUUAAGGUGAAAUAGGAUUGUAUAAAUAGUCAAAACAAAACAAAAGAUAAAUCAUGCUACCAAACGAACCAGCCGAAUGGUGAACUGGUUAAAUGAAAGGCAGAAAAGGAGUAUGAGACGAAGAGGAAGAAGAGAGAACAAAGCAAAAAUCUGCAUAAUAAGUAAAACUAACGCAAACAAAGAGAAGAAGAGAACAACAACUAACAAGCACAUCUAAGAAGAAGUAAAACAAGAACAAAAAAAAGGUGAACACGAAAGAAGAUAAUUGCAUAAGAAACACACACACACAUGCAAAAUCGAAACUGUUCUAAAAAAAAUGAAUCACACACGCAUACACACAAUAAUGCUCGACUUGCAGAUGCGCAACGAUGCAUGUGUUCUUGUGUGUGUGUAUGACUGUGUGUGCGUGGGUCUGUGUUUGUAGAGAAGUGUAAGGAGACCGAUUAGCGAGGAAGAAGAUUAUUAUGAUUAUUAUAAUUAUAUUUAUUAUCAUUAUUAUUAUUAACACGAAUAUUAUUGUUAUUCAUGAAAUAACUAUAAUCUACCAUUUGGCAGCAAAAGUCAAACUGUCCGUAAAAAAAAACCGAAUCGUAAACAACACAGUCGGAUGCUGCUGAAAGGUAAACAAAAAAGGAUACUCCAAAGCACACAUAUCCAUACACACACACACUUAUGAUCGUCCAACACACAUCCGCAAACAUACAAAUUUAUUUUUACAUAAUUUUCGUACGCCUAAAUGCAGGCAAUUUGAUGUUGCUAACCGCCAAGACAGUCAUGUUUAAUCGUUAACAAACUUUCCUCAAGCUUACCUCGAAUGGUCAAAGGCUUCAACUGUUUGAAAAAGACAGUUCGUACUAAUGGAAAACAAUUUGCGUAUUGUUCUUUUUUUUUAUAUAAUAAGCAAAACACGCAACCUGCUUUAAACAAUGGUGAAGAAAUCUCUACCAUACCAGCCAUAAACAUCUUUUGUAUGUAUGUGAAUAUAUAUAUAUACAUAUGUAUAUACCUAUAUUUAUGUAUAUAUAUGUGUGUGUAUGUGUAUGUGUGCGCAAGUGGAGAAAAUGCAUGCUCGAGAAAAAAAAAAUACCGAAGAAAGUGUCAGUCAAUGAAGGGAAACAUGAAAGGAAAACGAGGAAACAAGAGCAAAAAAAAAAGUAAGGUAAACGAAAGAAAAAAACAAACACAGAACCCAUGAUGACGACAGUUUGUGUGUAUGCGCGCACCCGUGUGUCUGUGUGUGUGUGUGCGUGUGUGUGUGUAUCUGUAUGUGUGUGCGAAGAGAGUGUGCUGAGAGAAGCGAUGGAGAAACAAAAAAACACUUGAACUAAAAAAAAAAUAAAGACGUUGUUAAGAUUAUGAAAUGUUUUAUAACCGUUAUAAAAAAAAUCGCUGCGAAAAUAAAUCAAUCCAAACACAUUCCUCCUGUAAAAAAUUA